CAUGCAGAGUAAGUAGCUUCAGAGUGGUUGCUGCUCCUUUGACCAGACUGCAGGGCUCAGAGAAAUGGUUUGUGGACUCGGUUUGGGGGUUUUGCUGGUUUUAGUGCAAGCAGAGCAUGUAUGUUGUUCAUGGGCAACCAAAGCAUGGAGCUCUCAAGACAGCAAUGCUGGCUUCUCUCAGCAUGAUGGCAGACUAAGAAAGCUUGAUGGUAGCUUUCCCCAGAAUCAAGUCAGACAUGUCUUAGUUUCUCCACGCUCCUUCCAGCGGAGCAGCCUGAGCACAGAAACUGCAGUCCACAGUGGUUCUGGUCCAGGACUUCCCACUAGUAGCUACAAAGCAGCUCACACUCAGCCAGCUUGGAGCUCGGUGAGGUUACAGAGCAGCUUGGUCUCAAAGCCAAGCUGGCAACCCACAUCUUCAACCAGGGUUAAUGCUCAGGCUGUGCCAAAGCAGUCGUUUGGACUUUCUACUGCUAUAGCAAGUGGCUCUUCUGUUAGUAAAAACCAGGACAUCGGUGGUAUCGGCCAGAAGGGAGCUUGGCCUGCUCAGCAGGGUCCGCCGCGUGCUAGCAAGUAUCCUUCUGGUGCUGGACAAACUGGCUUAAAUGCCAUCUUGUUUAGCCCUGUAGGUCCUGCCCCACAUGGGAGCCCAGCACGGAUGCAGACUUACGCCCGAGCCCCUGCAAAGAAGGUGCUUAUAAAUCGUGGAUCUAAAUCCAGCAACUUUUCCCCUCGGGCUGGGAAACCAUACAUGAGCCAACUGUAUCCUGGGACUGGUACAAAAACCCAGGAGAGCUACAAACCCAGCAGCACGGUGGGAGCUUCAGCUCCGGGCUUUGCCCCCGUCUCGGUCUACGAGAUCCCUCAGCGCUUUGGUGGCUCCUCCAUCAGACGGCUGAGAGAUCCUGCUGAGCAGGAUCAGGUGAAGAUCCAGAAGCCACAGCAGACCCCCACAGCUCCCCUACAGCAGAUGCCAUAUUACAAGCCACCGCUUCCCAGUGUUGUUUCAACAUCUAGAUGGAACCAGGUCACCCUGCACCGCAGAGUCUAGUAGAUGCAGUUUUCAGUGUCCAGUGGAUUUUAAAUGACUAUUGAAAUAAAUUUUGUUUUAUAUUCUAA